AGUAGAUCUGAUGGCAUGUACUUACAGUUAUGACUCUCUACAAGGUGAUCUUUGUGGUGGCUCUGCUGACUCUCCUGACACACGAGUCUCACUCACAACUAGAUGUGUGCGGUAUAAGUCCGCUCAACACCAGGAUUGUUGGAGGACAGAACGCCCCUCCAGGUAACUGGCCCUGGCAAGCCAGCCUGCAAUCAUCUGGGAGCCACUUCUGUGGAGGAUCCCUCAUUAACAGUCAAUGGGUGCUGACUGCUGCUCACUGCUUCCCAAGCAUCCCAGCCAGUCUGACUGUGUCUCUGGGUCUCCAGAGUCUACAGGGAUCCAACCCCAAUGGGGUGUCUCGGACGGUAACAAAGGUCAUCACAAAUCCUAACUAUAACUCCAGAACUAAUGACAACGACAUCUGCCUCCUACAGCUCUCCUCACCGGUGACUUUCACAGACUUCAUUGUUCCUGUCUGCCUGGCAGCUCCAGGCAGCACCUUCUUCAGCGGCGUUAGCUCCUGGGUGACCGGCUGGGGCGCCAUUGCAUCCGGAGUUUCCCUUCCUCCCCCAGGAAACCUAAUGGAGGUGAAUGUGCCAAUCGUGGGGAACAGAGAGUGUAACUGUGACUAUGGUGUGGGCUCAAUCACAAACAACAUGAUCUGCGCCGGGUUACGUGCUGGAGGGAAGGACUCCUGUCAGGGGGAUUCAGGUGGUCCGCUGGUGAGCAAGCAGGGCAGCCGCUGGAUCCUGGGGGGAAUCGUAAGUUUUGGAAAUGGUUGUGCCCAGCCUAAUUUCCCAGGAGUCUACACCAGAGUGUCCCAAUAUCAGUCCUGGAUCAACAACCAGAUCACCAGCAGCCAGCCAGGCUUUGUUACCUUCACGUCCACUGGAACUGACAGUGACCUCAGCAUCAGCUGUCCUGGCCUGCCACCUCCUCCAACCACUCUCCCUCCAACCACUACAACCACCACUGCCAAACUGUGCGGUAUAACUCCGCUCAACACCAGGAUUGUUGGAGGACAGAACGCCCCUCUGGGUAACUGGCCCUGGCAAGCCAGCCUGCAAACAUCUGGGAGCCACUUCUGUGGAGGAUCCCUCAUUAACAGUCAAUGGGUGCUGACUGCUGCUCACUGCUUCUCAAGCAUCCCAGCCAGUCUGACUGUGUCUCUGGGUCUCCAGAGUCUACAGGGAUCCAACCCCUAUGGGGUGUCUCGGACGGUAACAAAGGUCAUCAAAAAUCCUAACUAUAACUCCAAAACUAAUGACAACGACAUCUGCCUCCUGCAGCUCUCCUCACCGGUGACUUUCACAAACUUCAUUGUUCCUGUCUGCCUGGCAGCUCCAGGCAGCACCUUCUUCAGCGGCGUUAGCUCCUGGGUGACCGGCUGGGGCACCAUUGCAUCCGGAGUUUCCCUUCCUCCCCCAGGAAACCUAAUGGAGGUGAAUGUGCCAAUCGUGGGGAACAGAGAGUGUAACUGUGACUAUGGUGUGGGCUCAAUCACAAACAACAUGAUCUGCGCCGGGUUACGUGCUGGAGGGAAGGACUCCUGUCAGGGAGAUUCAGGUGGUCCGCUGGUGAGCAAGCAGGGCAGCCGCUGGAUCCUGGGGGGAAUCGUAAGUUUUGGAAAUGGUUGUGCCAAACCUAAUUUCCCAGGAGUCUACACCAGAGUGUCCCAAUAUCAGUCCUGGAUCAACAACCAGAUCACCAGCAGCCAGCCAGGCUUUGUUACCUUCACGUCCACUGGAACUGACAGUGACCUCAGCAUCAGCUGUGCUGGCCUGCCACCUCCUCCAACCACUCUCCCUCCAACCACUACAACCACUACUGCCAAACCUGUGGUCUGUGGCCAAGCCCCAAUGAAUUCCUGUAUUGGUCAUAUUUUGGGAGGAAGCUCGGUGGCGACGGCUGGUGUGUGGCCAUGGAUGGCGAGCCUACAGAGGAAUGGAAGUCAUAUGUGUGGCGGGACUCUGGUGGCCGUUGACUCCGUGUUGAGCAACGCCAACUGCUUCUCAAGUUCACCAACACCGUCUGAAUGGACUGUGGUGUUGGGUCGGUUGAAACAGAAUGGAUCUAACCCCUUUGAGGUGACACUGAAUGUGACAAAUAUCACCCUGAGCAACCUGAAUGGGUCAAAUGUAGCAGUGCUCCAUCUGUCAACCCAACCCAGCCUGUCCAACUACAUCCAGCCCAUCUGCCUUGACAACGGACGGACCUUCGUUUUGGGCUCCACGUGCUGGGCUGCUGGCUGGAACUCCGGGCGAGGAGGGGUGGAACAAGUUCUGCAGGAGUUUGAGACAUCGGUGGAAAAUUGCGGGAACGGGUCGUCAAGUGACAGCAUUUGUACCAGAACUUUUACACUGGAGAAGGGUGAUUCUGGAGGUCCGUUGAUGUGUAAGCUGGGCGACUCUUGGUUCCAGGCAGCAGUGUUAUCAGCUGGAAACACCACCAGACAAACACGAGAUGCAGUGAUGCAAUUCCCCAAACUGAGCACCUUUGAAACCUUCCUGGCUCGUACAGUGGGGUUCUUAUCUCCAGCUUCAAACUCCACCAACAACACCAGCGCCAGCAACAGCACCAACGCAACUGUCCCCAGCAUUACUGCUUCCAACGGUGGUGCCACUCCUGCUCACUCCCUGGUCUUCCUCUUUUUCCAUCUCCUCGUCUUCUCGACGUGUCUCCAACUUUUCUCAUAGAAGCCUCCAACUUUUUUGGAAGGAUUUACUGUACAUGAUGUGAUGAGCACAAAUGAAUGUAAAUAACCUUGAAUCUGAGAGACAAUUUAAGUCAAAGCUGCAUUAAUACUAAUGUAUGACUUGAUUGUGCAAAAUACUGACCAGGUAAUGUGAUAAGGUCACAGUAUGAAGUAUAAGGAUUACUUGCAAUGUAAAAAAGAUAAUAGUCCAACAGAUGUGGGGUACUUUAACAUGUAGAGACAGAUAUGGAGGCUUUACAUUAAUGUAAUGUGUAGAGACAGAUGUGGAGGCUUUACGUUAAUGUGACAUGUAGAGACAGAUGUGGAGGCUUUAUGUUAAUGUAACAUGUAGA